AUGGCAUUGCAAGUAGUGGCUGAUUAUUACCGAUGUGUGCUAGAGAAUGAAAGGAUAUACUAUGAGUAUCAGCUUAAUAGGCGCGAAACAGUCAAAAAUAGUAGAAGUGAGGAUGAAUUUAGUGGGUCUGAACGUACAAAUGCUUUAAAGACAGACGAGCAACUGCAAUUACAAAGACAAGUAAACAAACUGACGGUUGAUUUGCAGUCGAUGGCCCAUGAGAAUGAACGGUUGCGAGAGUUUCAGAAGACACAGAAACAGAUCUUAGAGUCUAAGAUACAACAAUUGAAGAAAACAGUGGAUUCCUUUAAAAAUGAAAGGAACUCGUCGAGCUCAUCUCAUGUUAGGACUCCUCCAAGACAAACGAGAAGCGGAGCUUACACUCAAGGAAAGGAUACUGAUCUGUCAAGACGUGGCGGAUUUCAUUUACUGUCCCCCAUUGUUGGUAAUGUAAACCCUGGUAAAGAGAAAGCUGGUGGUUUAAAGGAAACUUUGAAAGUAGGUAGAAAUACAAUAUUCGAUAAAAAUAGCAGUUUGUUAGAUGAUGAUGAUGAUGAUGAUGAUGAUGAAAUCAAUGGCACUAGUGUGAAGGAGCGAUCUCGAGUCACUGGCCGAAAGUUGAGAAGUAGCUCAUCCUUAAAGGAUAGUAAGAACAAUCACAUUGAGGAAGAAGAAGCCAUGGAAUUUACAACCGAUAAUUCUGACGAGGUAGGUCUAAUGGAAGGUUUAAAGCUGAGAGAUGGAUCAGCAAAGGCAAACUUACAGUUGCCAAGUGGUAGCUUGUCACCAGAUGAAGAUACUCAAAGCUCCAACGAAGAGACUACUAAUACAAGAAAGAAAAGGCGACGUCUCACAAGAAGAAGAAUACAAACGAUGAAUAGUGACAACUCAAGUUCGGAAUGA